AUGUCGGAUGAUAGGAUGUUGGGAAACUUGACUCUUUGGUCAGCGACGCCAAUGUUCCCGCCAGAGAACUCCUCCUUUAACUCCUCCCUCCCUCCGUCAUUCACGGACUGGGAGGCACCCACCUUCACCGCCGCUGCCCGCGUCCGCGUGGCCGCCACCAUGGUCCUCUUCGUGUUCGCUGCCUUCUCCAACCUCUCCGUGCUGAUCAGCGUGGCACGGGGCCGUGGGCGCCGCCUGGCCGCCCAUCUCCGGCCACUCAUUGCCAGCCUGGCCUCUGCAGACCUGGUGAUGACGUUCGUGGUAAUGCCGCUGGACGCGGUGUGGAACGUCACCGUGCAGUGGUAUGCCGGUGAUACCAUGUGCAAGCUGCUGUGCUUCCUCAAACUGUUUGCCAUGCACUCGUCUGCCUUCAUCCUGGUGGUGGUCAGCCUGGACCGACACCAUGCUAUCCUGCACCCGUUGGACACGCUGGACGCUGGGCGAAGGAACAAGAGGAUGCUGCUCGUUGCCUGGGUCCUCAGCCUGCUCCUGGCCUCCCCACAGCUGUUCAUUUUUCGAGCAAUCAAAGCCGAGGGAGUGGAAUUCACUCAGUGUGUGACGCAUGGAAGCUUCCACCAUCGCUGGCAAGAGACGGUCUACAACAUGUUCCACUUUGUCACGCUUUAUGUGUUCCCCCUGUUAGUAAUGAGCUUCUGCUACACCCGCAUCCUCAUCGAGAUCAGCCGUCAGAUGCACAAGGGCAAAGGUGGGGAGCCGUGCCUGAGGCGAAGUGGUGCUGACAUGAUCCCCAAGGCGCGAAUGAAGACCCUGAAGAUGACCAUUGUGAUCGUGGUGUCCUUCGUGAUUUGCUGGACGCCAUACUACCUCCUAGGCAUCUGGUACUGGUUCCAGCCAGCCAUGCUCCAGGAGACACCCGAGUACGUCCACCACGCCCUUUUCGUCUUCGGAAACCUUAACACAUGUUGCGACCCAGUGAUCUACGGCUUCUACACGCCCUCCUUCCGGGCUGAUCUGGCUGAUGUGGUCGCCUGCUGCUGCCGAUCGCAGAACAUCUCCCCGAGGUCCUUGGACCGCCUGGCGUGUCGGAGGGGCAGGGCAAGCAGAGAGGCAGAGUCUGACAAUCCCAGUGGCGACCAGCCAAGUGGAAACCUGGGGUAGACAUCCGUGGGCCUCUUGUUCAACUGCAGUGUAAAAAAAAAUACAUAUGUUGAUUUAACAUACAAUUGUAAACCAACCAGCUGCAAUAUGAUUGUGAGUUUGCUCAACAUUUGGGCAUACAGUAUACAGUAGCUGAAGUAA